AUGUGCCAGGAUCUCACAAAGGAAAUCACGCAGUUGGAAGACUUGCGUCUUUGUGUGCAGCAGAUUUGCUUCGCUUUACGCAGCUCCGUUCAUGACGACCCGGCCGGCCAGGAGGUGUCUCCGGAACCACCGCUGCUGCCGAGGCCAGCACUUGCCUUGAAAGCCCGUUCUCUGAUGGAAGCUUCCUUGCGGCCAGCGCUCUCGGAGUUCGUGGAGACCUUUCUGCGGCAGCCAUCCGAAGCCGAUGUUGUCGCGGUGGAUAUGGAUGGAACUCUGCAAGACUCGAUUGCAGCGUCGUCUGUUGUCGAGCCUUCCGAAACGAAACAGUCGCUUCAGUCUCCAGAGGUGAGCAGCCCAAGCAGCUUGUUGCGACCAUACAUGAAGUGGAGGCCUACGGCCGUGCUGGGUACGCUUGUCACCCUGGGCUCAUUUGUGGCCGCUGCAUGGCUGCUCGCGAACCCUUCGAGUGUCGUGCGAACUGAAGCUUCAGUUCCUAAAGCGGAAAUUGAGAUGGGUGGGGUGAUGAUCUUUGACGUGAAGGCUUACUUCCUUUCCAGUCUGUAUGGCAGCAUGGACAGCCUAGGCAGAUCUUUUGCUGCUUUACAUGACGACUUGUCUAUCGAGACCAACCUGAUCAUGACGGAUUAUGUGUACACUAUCAAUCCGCACUUUUCACUGGAACACAAUGCGCCAGGGCCAGCACAAAACUUCAUCGGUACGAUUUAUCAGAAUUGGUGCAUCGACGGCAAGUUUCAACUCCCCAAGGCUGAGAAGCGCCAUGCGGAGUCGCCUCGCAGAGCUCGACUUCGAGAUGAACGAGGCUCGCGUUGGCGAGAAUUAGACGUGAAAGCCCAACUCGAGGAGCUGAUUUGUCCGCACCAAAGUGAGCGGACAUCACCAGUCGCAGCCACGGAGCAGUGA